AUGACAACCGAAGCUUCCCACCCAACAAUUGCGGCAGGCGAUCAUAAAGCUUAUAUGGAAUAUGCUCUAGAGAAAGCUCGAUUGUCCCCGCCAGCGCCCACCAAGUUCUGCGUUGGAGCAGUUCUUGUGGACGCAGAUAAGAACGAGAUCUUAUCAACGGGAUACUCGAUGGAACUGCCUGGGGAUCGGCCGGGAGAUCCAGGCAAUACACACGCAGAACAAUGCUGUUUCAUCAAAGUCGCAGAAAGACAUAAUAUACUAGAAGACCGAUUGGGCGAGGUUUUACCCAAAAAUACGGUCCUGUAUACGACGAUGGAGCCGUGCAACGAGCGACUCAGCGGGAACAGGACAUGCGUGGACAGGAUAUUGAGUCUCAAAGGCGCAGUUAAAGUGGUCUACGUGGGAAUCAAGGAACCGGAGACGUUUAUCGGUCAGAACCUGGGCAGGAAGAAACUUGAGGACGGCGGUGUUAUUGUUGAGCAUGUUGAGGGUAUGGAGCAACAGAUUAUGGAGGUAUCUAUGGCCGGACAUGAUAAAUGA